AUGCACAUAAAUUAUGCACACUGUUGACAUAACCCAUCAUUUUCAUGUCAUGUCAUGUCAUGAUUUCUUCGCAUUGUUGUCGUCGUGAAAACUCAAACGCUGAUAUGAUAUCACUAUCAAAGUUUUUACUUCUAUGAUCCACUCCAAGUCGGCUCAAUUAUCUAUCCGAUCAAAGUCCGACGAUAUGGUGCUUUCAAAUCAUUUCACGGCCCUCCUUUCAAGAGACGAUGGGUACACCUCGGUGAUUGGGACUAUAUAAAACUUUGAAAAUCCUCGAGAAAAGACGAAUCCAAUCAAGAUAAAAAAUACUGCAAUACUUGUACACCCAAAAUCUAAAAGAACCGUUUCAUCAUGUUACUUUCCGAGAAGAUCACAUUGCCAUGUGGGUUGACUCUGCCAAAUCGUCUUUGCAAGGGUGCAAUGGCUGAAGCUAUGUCAACUGCUCACGUUCCCGAUGAAUCCUUUUUGAAGGCAUAUGGCACUUGGGCUGACGGUGGAUGGGGAAUGGUAAUGACAGGAAACAUUCAAGUGUCUUCCAAAUAUCUCGGAAACAAUAAAGAUGUAGCUAGCACUCCCAAACCCACAGAAGAGACCAAAGCCAUGUGGAAAUCAUGGGCUGCAACCUCCCAACGCUCUGGAACACCAACCAUAGUCCAAAUAUGUCAUGCUGGUAGACAAUCACCCCUUGGGGCUGGCGAUCGCGGCCUCUUUUCAAAAACUGUUGCUCCUUCCGCCGUAGCAAUAAAUUUUGGAACUAGUUUCUUGGAACGGGCCGCUGCUGCGUUACUGUUCGGCACACCACGUGAACUGACGAUUGAUGAAAUUUCUGGACCGGGCGGUAUCAUCGAUGAGUUUGUAUUGGCUGCGAAGCAAAGUUUCGAGGCGGGAUUCAAGGGUGUUGAACUCCAUGGCGCACACGGCUACUUGCUAGCACAAUUCCUGUCUCCUAAGUCCAAUCUUCGGACCGAUGAGUUCGGCGGUACAGCCAGAAAGAGAGCUGAAGUCGUAGUAAGAAUCAUCAACGAAGUCAGAAAGCAAACGAGUAAGAAGUUUUGCAUCGGUAUCAAGGUGAACAGUGUGGAUGCUGCUUCCAACGAGUCAUUGGAAGAUAGUAUGGAGCAAAUCAGGUGCAUAGUUGAAGCCGGAGUCGACUUCAUCGAGAUUUCUGGAGGAAGCUACGAGAAUCCUCGUAUGAUGGGUGAACCCUCUUCAGCCCCUACAACUUCUGCUCGCGAAAGUUUCUUCCUCGAAUUUGCCCAAACAGUACGCAAACAAUUUCCUUCUGUCCUCCUGAUGGUCACUGGAGGUUUCCGCACAAGAGUCGGUAUGGAGGAGGCUUUGAAAUCGGGAGGAUGUGAUCUCAUUGGCAUUGCCCGACCCGCGGCCGUUAUUCCCAAAUUGCCAAACGAGAUUAUCCUCAAUAAGGACGUACCUGAUGAGGAAGCAAACAUCACUCUUAAGCCACUCUCCCCGCCAUUUUUGAUUCGCCACUUCCCUGUUAAACAGGUCGGAGCUGGUUUCCAAAGCAUGUAUUAUUCGUCACAGAUUCAGAGAAUGGCGAAGGGCUUGUUGCCUGUCAACACUAAGGCAUAGAUCACUGUUGGGUACAGACAGAGGAGUUAUAGGUAGAUGAUUUAUGGGUAGAGGAGUUUUACGCGGAUGGGUUUG